GAAGAAGAAACCAUCAUUGUUGUCUGAAGGCAUAGAGCCAGCAAACGUGGAUUUUUGUUGAAAGUGCUUUAUCCACGCCAAUAAUGAUCAAACGGAUGUCACUGAAUAAACAUAAAAUUGAAGGUUAGGAAAUGCCCCCCCCCUUUCAACGUGCUUGAGCCUGUGCUUGUAAGUCAAGAUGAAUCGCCCAAAGCCUACAACUAUCAGGCGCCCCAGUGCUGCAAAACCAUCAGGUCACCCACCACCUGGAGAUUUUAUUGCUCUUGGAUCAAAGAGCCAGGGUGGAGAGCCCAAAGCCCCCGCUGUCCUCCUGAAGCCAGCAGCGUCAGGUCUACCUACUGAUCGCAAGAGAGACACUUCCUCCGCCCUGCCCUCCUCAUCGGGCCUGUCGAGCCUCACGAAGCGACCCAAACUCUCAACCACCCCUCCGGUCAGUGCUCUGGGACGACUGGCUGAUGUAGCUGCUGUGGACAAGAGGGCAAUAUCACCCUCGAUAAAAGAGCCGUCAGUCGUACCUAUCGAAGUGUCACCUGCAGUGUUGCUGGAUGAGAUUGAAGCUGCGGAGUCAGAAGGAAAUGACGAUCGCAUCGAGGGACUGCUGUGUGGAGCAGUGAAACAACUCAAGUUGAACCGAGCCAAGCCCGACAUCACUCUGUACCUCAGCCUCAUGUUCCUUGCCAAAAUCAAGCCCAAUGUUUUUGCAACUGAAGGAAUUAUUGAGGCCUUGUGCAGCCUCCUGCGCCGGGAUGCUUCAAUCAACUUCAAAGCAAAGGGGAACAGCCUUGUGUCCGUUCUUGCAUGCAAUCUGCUGAUGGCGGCCUACGAGGAGGACGAGAACUGGCCAGAGAUCUUUGUGAAAGUGUACAUUGAGGACUCUCUGGGGGAAAGAAUCUGGGUAGACAGUUCUCACUGUAAAAUCUUUGUGGAAAACAUUCAGACAGCUUUUGGGACAAAGAUGCCUCCUAAGAGUAUGUUGCUGCAGGCCGACACUGGCCGCUCUGGUGGAGAUCUCAGUGCAGGAAGCAGCCCUCAUCCCUCAACCCCCGAUGAGGACGACAGCCAAACUGAAUUGCUGAUAGCAGAGGAGAAACUCAGCCCUGAGGAUGAUGGACAGGUUAUGCCUCGGUAUGAAGAACUGGCAGAAAGCGUGGAGGACUAUGUGCUGGAUGUCCUCAGGGAUCAGCUGAACCGAAGGCAGCCGAUGGACAACGUGUCCCGGAACCUGCUGCGUCUGCUCACGGCCACGUGUGGCUACAAAGAGGCGCGGCUCAUGGCCGUGCAGAGGCUGGAGAUGUGGCUCCAGAACCCAAAGCUGACGCGACCCGCUCAAGACCUCCUCAUGUCUUUGUGCAUGAACAGCAACAGCCACGGAGCGGACGACAUGGAGGUGAUCUCCAACCUGAUCAAGAUCCGCCUCAAACCCAAAGUCCUCCUCAACCACUACAUGCUGUGUGUCAGAGAGCUGCUGAAUGCACACAGAGACAACCUAGGCACUAUGGUGAAGCUGGUGAUCUUCAACGAGCUGUCCAAUGCCCGGAAUCCAAACAACAUGCAAGUCCUGCACACAGUGCUGCAGCACAGCCCCGAGCAGGGCCCAAAGUUCUUGGCCAUGGUGUUCCAGGACCUGCUGACAAAUAAGGACGAUUACCUCCGCGCCUCCCGAGCAUUGCUGAGAGAAAUCAUCAAACAGACCAAACAUGAGAUCAACUUCCAGUCCUUCUGCUUUGGUUUGAUGCAAGAGAGAAAGGAGGCCACAUAUGUGGACAUGGAGUUCAAAGAGCGUUUUGUCAUCCAGGUGACAGAUUUACUGACCGUCUCAAUGAUGCUGGGCAUCACCGCUCAGGUCAAAGAAUCUGGCGUCGCUUGGGACAAAGGAGAGAAGAAGAAUCUGGAGGCCCUGAGGUCAUUUCAGAAUCAAAUAGCUUCCAUCCAGAGAGACGCUGUAUGGUGGCUUCACUCUGUCGUUCCUACGAUCAGCAAAGUCGGCGCAAAAGACUACGUUCACUGCCUUCACAAAGUGCUUUUCACCGAGCAACCUGAGACAUAUUACAAGUGGGACAACUGGCCUCCAGAGAGUGACAGAAAUUUCUUCCUUCGCCUCUGCUCCGAGGUGCCUCUGCUGGAGGACACACUGAUGCGUAUCCUGGUGAUCGGGCUGUCCCGUGAUUUGCCCCUGGGCCCGGCCGACGCCAUGGAGCUGGCAGACCACCUGGUUAAAAGAGCUGCCGGAGUUCAGUCUGACGAUCUGGAGGUCGUGAAAGUGGAGAGGAUCCAACUCAUUGACGCAGUGCUGAAUCUGUGUACAUACCAUCACCCAGAGAACAUCCAGCUGCCUGCAGGGUACCAACCGCCAAAUCUGGCAAUAUCUACACUGUAUUGGAAGGCAUGGCUGCUGCUGCUUGUGGUGGCUGCGUUUAAUCCUCAGAAAAUAGGUAUGGCUGCAUGGGAUGGCUAUCCUACACUGAAGAUGCUCAUGGAGAUGGUUAUGACAAAUAACUAUACCUACCCUCCAUGCACGGUUGCGGAUGAGGACACAAAGACGGAGAUGAUCAACAGGGAGCUGCAGAUCUCCCAGAGAGAGAAACAAGAGAUCCUGGCCUUUGAGAGCCACCUGGCUGCAGCCUCCACCAAACAGACCAUCACAGAGAGCAACAGCCUGCUGUUGUCUCAGCUUACCAGUCUGGAUCCACAGGGUCCUUCUCGCCGACCUCCUCCUCAGAUCCAGGAGCAGGUAAAAACUCUAAACCAGUCCCUGCGUCUGGGACAUCUCCUCUGCCGCAGCCGCAACCCUGACUUCCUCCUCAACAUCAUCCAGAGACAGGCUUCGUCUCAGUCCAUGCCGUGGUUGGCUGAUUUGGUCCAGUCCAGUGAGGGGUCCUUGGAUGUGCUUCCAGUGCAGUGCCUUUGCGAAUUUCUUUUGCAUGACGCUGCUGAUGACAGUUUACCGAUAGAGGACGAUGAAGAGGGAGAGAGCAAAGAGCAGAAACAAAAGAAGCGACAAAGACAACAAAAACAGAGGCAGCUGCUCGGGCGGCUGCAGGCUCUGUUGGGUCCUAAGGCUGACGAGCAGACGACGUGUGAAGUGCUGGACUACUUUCUUCGUCGCCUCAGCUCCUCUCAGGUGGCAUCACGAGUGCUAGCGAUAAAGGGUUUGUCAUUGGUGCUGAUAGAAGGAGGCUUGAGAGACGGAGAGGAGCGGGAGCAGCCGAUGGAAGAAGACUCCGCAGAUGCCGAACUCUUGCCGGGAUAUCAGUGGCUGCUACAAGACCUGCCCAAGCUCCCUUUGUUUGACAGCGUCAGAGGCAUGACGUCCACUGCUCUGCAACAGGCCAUCCACAUGGAGACGGAUCCGCAGACUAUAAGUGCCUAUCUCAUCUACCUAUCCCAGCAUGCACCAGUGGAGGAGCAGUCCUCUCAUAACGACCUGGCUCUGGAUGUUGCCAGACUUAUCGUCGAGCGCUCCACCAUCAUGAACAGCCUUUUCUCCAGACACUCGUGCAGGCCCGAGUCUGACGCUGUGCUCAGUGCCUUUCUCACCAUCUUCUCUACGUACAUCAAAAGGAUGAGGAAGACCAAAGAGGGGGAGGAUCUUUACAGCUGGUCAGAAUCUCAGGACCAGGUGUUCCUGCGUUGGACCACAGGAGAGACUGCUACGAUGCACAUUCUUGUAGUCCAUGCCAUGGUCAUCCUGCUGACUCUUGGGCCACCCAAAGGAGAGAGUGAUUUCUACGCUCUUUUGGACAUUUGGUUUCCCGACAAAAAACCUCUGCCCACCGCCUUCCUGGUCGACACAUCAGAAGAGGCUCUACUGCUGCCUGAUUGGUUGAAACUGAGGAUGAUCCGAUCAGAGGUUUCUCGAUUGGUUGAUGCAGCUCUGCACGAUCUGGAGUCUGAGCAGCUGCUGCUGUUUGUCCAGUCCUUUGGCAUUCCCGUGUCCAGCAUGAGUAAACUCCUGCAGUACCUGGACCAGGCGGUCUCCCAUGAGCCACAGACGCUGGAAGACUGCAUCAUGGACAAGCACUACAUGGCCCACCUGGUUGAAGUGCAGCAUGAGCGAGGGGCCACUGGGGGGCACACUUUUCAUUCAUUGCUGAGCUCUUCUCUUCCUCCAGACAGAGAUUCUGCUGAAACAAGUAAGGCCAAAGUUACCGUGGAAACGCCCCAAAGCUCUGUGAAGAUGAGAACAGCCGCUCAGCUUCCUGCGGUCGGGCCUGACGAUGAUCUAACUGGCAUGUUGCUUCAGAUAUUCCCCGUAAAUGUGGACCCCCACUGGCAUGGCCCCCCUCCCAGCCAGCUCUCUCUGGCCCUGCAGCAAGCCUUGGCUAAAGAGUUGAUGCGGGCCAAGCAGGGACAAAUCCAGCAGGCCGGGUUGGCUUUCAGGCUCCUACAGGCCAUUGCAGCUCUGCUAGCAUCCGCUCAUGCUGGGCCUAUUAUCAUGUCCAUGCACCACAACCACGCCCUGUCCUGUCCUCUGAUGCGUCAGCUUCACCUCUACCAGCGUCUUGUCCCGCAGGACAUUGCUUUCUCCUCGCUAUUCUCCAAGGUCAUUGUUGGGUUGUCGCUCUGGUUAGACAGCCCUACUGUGGAGGCGGGACCACUGAAGACUUUGCUCAAAACCUUCGCUGGUCAGAACUCUCAGAAACACAGGCACAACGAUGUGCGCUCAGGUUUCCUCCACCUGGCUGAGGCGCUGGCUUAUCACAGAGACACUGAAGUGCCACUCAGAGCCAUUAUUGCAAUGCUGAAAGCUGGAGAGCGAUGUAAUGCAGAAGGGGAGCUCAUCGGAAAAGUGUUACAGGGCCUGAUGGCGGUGAGGUCACCAUAUCUGGAGGAGCUGCUGUCUCUGUUGAUGACUGUUGGUACACAGAACGGGACAGCUGGCCCUGUUGCCACGGUGAUUUCCUUGCUGCUUCCGGAAAGCGAGGAGCGAGCUGUGAAAAAGGAACCUGAUUCUAACAACUCUGAGGUGACAAAGUCAGGACUGAGCUCUGGGCUGCUGGUGGACUGGCUGGAGCAUCUGGACCCUGAGGUCACGUCGGUGUGUCCAGACCUUCAGCAGAAACUUCUGUUUGCCCUCAACAAGGCACGGGGGACCCCUGCAUACAGGCCUUAUCUUUUAGCGUUGCUUACACAUCAGUCAAACUGGUCCACCCUCCUGCAGUGUAUCAGCGCUCUACUCAGCAAACGCAGAGACUACAAACUUGACCCGUCAUCUGCCCUGGAUUUUCUGUGGGCGUGCAGCCACAUCCCGCGUAUCUGGCAAGGACGUGACCAGAAGAUCCCCCAAAAGAAAACCGAAAAGUUUGUGUUGCGGCUCAGUUCAGAGGAGCUCAUCAGCCUGGUGGACCUGAUCCUGUCGGAGUCGGAGCUCCACAGCCGUGACUCGCCGCACGAUGACAAAAGCAGCCUGGACCAGACCUCCUGCUCCCUCAUCCAGUCCAGGCUGCCCCUCCUUCACUCCUACUGCAGCGGGGAGCUGGAAAACAUCAAGAAAGUCUCGGAGUACCUCAUCAACUGCACAAAGAAAUGGGAGGACAGUGCGAUGAGUAAGCGGUGCCAGAACUUGCUGCUGCAGAUCUAUCUGCACUUCCCGGAGGUCAUCCAGCACGUUACCCUGCCUGAAGGCACCUUCAGCAGCGGGGGGGCCGCGUACGGCAGCAGCUGCAAGCUCGAUGUCCUGGUGCAUCGGCUGGUCACACUCCUCGCUGAUAUCGGAGACUCAAAGUCUGCUGAGAACCGAGCCUCUGAUGCCAACCUGGCAUGCAGAAAGCUGGCUGUGUCCCACCCUGUCCUUUUGCUCAGACACAUGCCCAUGAUUGCAGGGCUGUUACGCGGUCGCAUUCACCUCAACUUGCAGGAGUUUCGGCAGCAGAACCACAUGAUGUUCUUUAGUAAUGUACUUGCCAUUUUGGAGCUGCUGCAGCCCCUUGUUUUCCACAGCGACCACCAGAGGGCGCUUCAAGACUGCCUUCUGUCCUUUAUGAAAGUCCUGCAGAACUUCCAGAGGUCUCGGUCUCCGUUCCUCUUCAUUAACAAGUUUUUGCAGUUCACACAGAAGUACAUUACCCAUGAUGCAGCAGCUGCCAUUCCCUUUUUACAGAAGCACUCUGGCAUCUUGCAGACUCUGUGUGCUGAAAACCCGGACCUGGUUCAGUUAAAGUCUCUGCUGGCCGGACUCACUCUGCCUGUUAGGAGUUCGUCUGCAGAGGUCACACCAGAAGAGGGAGAAGACGACAUGGCCACUGGUUCCCUCCCCCUCGUCAACAUAUCUGCCACGGUUUCCCUGAGCGCUGCUGACAUGACAACGUACCUGAAAAAGAUGUCGAGAGGAGAGGCAGUCGAGGAUGUGUUGGAAGUGUUGACAGAGGUGGAUGAGAAGUCGAGGAGGAGCCCAGAGAUCAUCCAGUACUUCAUUAACGACCUGCAGAGGCUCAUGGCUUCGUCUGAGGACUUGUGUCGAAACAUGGCCUUCAGUCUGGCCCUGCGCUGCAUCCAGAACAAUCCCUGCCUAGCAACAGACUUCCUGCCAACUUUCAUGUACUGUAUGGGCAGCGGUAACUUUGACGUGGUACAAACUGCUCUCCGCAAUCUUCCAGAGUAUGUGCUUCUCUGUCAAGAACACGCAGACAUCUUGCUCCACAAAGCAUUUUUAGUGGGUAUCUACGGACAGAUUGACACCAGCUCAAUGAUCGCAGAGUCCAUGAAAGUCCUACACAUGGAAGCAACGACAUAACCUCAAACAGAACCCCACGACUGAUUGAAAACAGUGUCAUCCAUUUUUUUCUGCAUUCCAGAGCUACACGAUUAUUUCUUUCUAUUGUCUUUAGUUCACAGAUCGCUCUAAUUAGAUUGUGGCCGAUUGCAGAAGUGGUUGGCUCUUCAGUGUAACAGAUCAAAGGGUCCUGCAGUGAGCUGGCAGCCUCCAGUAAUGUAAUAACUUCAGGAUGAUUUAGUGACUUCAAAGAAUGAAACUCCCUCUGAAGACUUGAAAAUGUCAUAAUUAAAAGUGGUAAAUUGCUGUCAUUGUAUUAAUUCCACAAUUAGUGCAUUAAUUACUUAUCAAGUUAUUUGAAACCAAUGAUGUAAUUAUAAAUGAAAUAAUAAUGGAGGGAGAUAACAAGAAUUGGAAUAUUACGUGGUGAGGAUAAUGUAUAAUCCGUUCUCGUCAUAAAGAAUAUAUAACCUCCGGUCAUUAAAACAAUUCAUUUUAAAUUAAUAUUAUAAGCAAAAAAUAUAUAUAAAUCUAAAAGUAAUUCAUUACAUCAGGAAUUAAACACAUUACAUACAAUUAUUUAAUUUUCAAACACCUCAAUGGGAGUUUCUCACUGCAGUAGUUAUUAAAUGAUUCAGUGUAUUAUUAUUACUAAUACAGAGCUCGUGUCAUAUUUAAAAAGAAACAGCACUCUCACAUUGACUUAUUUUAUUAUUAUAAAUUCAAUUGAGAUAUCUACAUCAUUACAUCAUUAAAAAUUGACUGUUUAUGUUGAGUUUUUUUUUUUUUUUUAGUUAAAACCUUAGAAAUAUUGUAUGGUAGCAACUUUACUGUCAUGUUCCUCUAAAUCUUGAGUUUUCAAACUUAGUAAUGCCACGUUGUCAUGCACACAAGCUACAUUUCAAUAACUUUGUAUGGCAGAAUAAUGUGUCAUUAUACAAUCUAAUUAUACAUUGGUGGAGAAAAGGAUUCAAUUCAAUUCAAAAAACUUUAUUUGUCCCGGGGGGGGGGGCAAAUGUGUUAUCCCUUCACUGCUUUAUUUACAGUAGCUUCAAAGAACCUGACACUUCAGGUGAGGUCACAUUGCUUUACUGUUAACACAAUCUGUGAGCCAACUUCAUGUGAAUGGAAUAAAAAGACUUUUGUAAUAUC